GAUUGGUAUAAUAAAGAUGGCAGUAACGACUACACUAUAUCUUUAUAUAGUUGACGUAGUUCUGUUAGAGCGUGUUGGAGAGUACGAAAAGCAAAUUUUUAAAUACGAAAAAGAGCUUCUCUGCAUGGGACUCCUGCCUGAAUGAAAAUGUGAUCAAUUACUGCUAAAACAUUCAAAAUUUUCUCGAAUAAAUCGCUGAUUGAUAAAAUAAAAUAUCUUCAAAAGCCUCUUAUUAUAAAAAGAAAUAUAUUAUCCUAAAUGCUGGAGGUUUUGGAAGAAGUUUCAACUAAAUCUAAUCAGCCAAAGUUAGAAUCUGAAUAAUUUUCAGAAAAUUUUCAAACCUUCAUAUUUUCAGAGUUCUCAAGAAAAAAAUAAUUUUUACAGGUUGAAAAGUCCUAGGUUUAGCAAUAUUAGUAAGGACUUUCUUAUAAUUACUUUAAGUUCUAAUCCUGUCAUUUAAUCAGGCCUUAAGUCCAGGAUUAGGACUUGAUAGUCCUGCCUGUUGCUCGAAUAUUUGAUAAGUCAUGGAGUCUCAAAAAUUUCAUAACUAACUUCCAUGAGAAGGAAAAUUAAAGAAAUUCAGGAGAAAAAUAUGAAACUGGAAGAAGAUAACAGCUCCAACAGAAUGCAACUUUUUUUUAUUUAGCCUCUUUUGUAAGCUUUUUAAUUAUUUAACCAACUAGAUACUCUGAAUUAUAUAGGUACCUUCAUAUUUGCCUAAGAGGAUAAAAAUAAAGGAAGACGGACCAACGAAGAGCACUCCCAGUUUAUUGAUUGCUUGAAGAGGUAUGGUAAAGAUUGGGGCAGACUCGAUGAAAUUAUACCCACUAGAGAUGGUCUACAGAUCAGGUCUCACAGUCAGAAAUAUUUUAAUAGGAUCAAACAAGGCUUCAAUACAAAUGACCCAAUAGAGUAUAUUCGGAAAGGAAUGUGAGACAAGUCCCCAUUCUACAAGUUUGACAAGUCUAAGUUCAAUAAGGCUCCCGCACACUCUGAAGUUGCCAAGAAAAUACCCUCUGAGAUCCUGAAAGAAUCUAUGUGCAGAAAGAAAGCCAGUAGUCAUGAAGAUAAAGCAUCAGCCCAAGUAUCUCAAAAUAAAGAGGUCCACCAAGAACUCAGAAAUAGCCACAAAAAGAGACACCUGAAACACCAGAGAAAAUACUUUGAGGACUCUAGUUCUUCAGAAUUUUUCAAGUCUAUAGCUAAGAAUAGCUAUGAGAAGUCCGAAUAUCACCAAGUGAGCACUCCAAAAUUGAAGAAGCAUGCCGAGAGAGUUCACAGGAGACUCAAAAAGACUCGGAGUCAUUUUAGAUAUGGGCGUACAGAACCUGACAAAGUCUACCUCAUCAAGAAAGUUUUUGAGUUGAGCAACUGUGCGCUUAAGCCCUAUGCUUUGACAGAACUAUCUUAGUGCACAGCUAGAGCACAACAGGUUAAAGGAAGAAUCGGCAUUCAUGAGAGUGGAGCCGAUAUUGAUUCUGAAUACAGAGGGAAUUCAGUAAAUAUUAACAUUCUACCCAGAAUUCCUAGACAUACUGUUAAGAUGGAGGCUGAUUCUUUGAAUGAACCAAGUUCGAAUUCUCAUGUUGACGGAGUAGAUUUAAGAGCGGUAGGAAAGUCAAAAUUUUUAUGCUUUCAGACUUUCCCUGCGACCCAAAUUUAUUUCUCUGACAAGGGCAAAUUUAUGUCAGGGGGCUUUCAGACUCUUGUUCAGAAUAAGUACCGUAAUGAAAUGAAACCUGUAAUCAAUCCCAAACAUUCUUGGCGCAAUACACAUUUUGAUCAGCAAAGUAUACAAUCAAUAGAUAUUUCUCUAUCCCAGCUCUUGGUGAAGAGUUUUCUGAAGAAUUACUGUAUUUGCCAGAGAUAGAGCAAUCAAGAGACUUUCUGUGAAUGGAUAGCAAUUUCAACAAUGACGUGUAUAAAUGAGAAAUGUAUUGAAAGGAUAUUAAAAUUAUUUCACCUCAACUUGC